AUGCUCCCCACUGUGAUGUGCAGCAGAGAGACUCUACAAAACGUUCAGUGCAUCAGUCACAGCAGGAGCCCCGUCAGGAUCGAGCCUCGCAGGAACUCCAUCCCUCCAGCACAGACUCUCACUGCUAAACAUCUGCUGGCAUACCUGCCCCGACCACAGGCAGAAUCCAUCCGUCACACUCCUUGCACUAACAGGGCUACAGCUAAAUCCACUGUUGCUGCCAUGAUGACCUCUAAAAGAACCUCUCUCAUCCAUAACUUUAACUACACUAAGUGCUCAUCACUCCCACCUUCCCAGAAGGCCUCACCCUCCCUGAGUUCCUGCAGCCAGUCCGCUCAUGCUCUGACUUUGGCUGAGCAAGAGCCACAACCCCAACCGCAAGCUAUCGGAGCAGCUCCUGUGAAACCAGUAGAGGACACGCCAAAGCCUCAGCGUCCGCAUCGCAGCAAAGGCCUCAAGCGUUUCAGCUCCAGGUGGCAACCGAGAGGCUCCACUGGCAGCAGCAAUAUUCCCGUGUCUGCAAUGGAGAAGCUGCGUGGUGCAAAGAGUCACAGGAAGCGCUGUAAGCUCCUGGGUGAUGAUCAGUCACUGCACGUCACCAACAGCAAUCUGCGCCAACGUUACGUCACCAAGGAUGGCAAGUGCAGGGUCAAUCUGGGACCUAUUGCAGACAAGAGUCGCUUUAUCUCGGAUAUUUUCACCACAUUGGUGGACCUCAAGUUCUGCUGGUUCCUUCUCGUCUUCACUAUGUGCUACAUUCUCACAUGGGUGGCCUUUGGUGGAAUCUAUUUAUUUGGUGCCUGGUUGCGUGACGACAUUGCACAUGUUCACGACCCACAAUGGAAGGCAUGUUACCAAAAUGUUGACAGUUUCCUUUCAGCUUUGCUGCUGUCAUUAGAGAGCCAGAGGACUAUCGGGUACGGCUCCAGGAUGGUGACAGCCAACUGCUCUGAGGGCACGGUGCUCCUGAUGGUCCAGUCCAUUCUUGGCUCCAUCAUCGAUGCUCUGAUGGUGGGCUGCAUGUUCGUCAAAAUCUCCCGGCCACAGCAGAGAGCCCAGACGCUGAUCUUCAGCAAGCACUGCGUCAUAUGUGAGCGAGACGAGAAGCUGUGCAUGCUCUUCCGCAUCGGGGAUCUGAGAGCGAGCCACAUGGUGGAUGCCAAAAUCCGAGCCAAGCUGAUCAAAUCCAGGCAGACCACGGAGGGGGAGUUCAUCCCACUGGAACAGUCGGAACUCAACCUGGGCUACGACACCGGGGGGGACAGGUUGCUCCUGGUGGAACCCCAGACCAUCACCCAUGUCAUCAAUAAAAACAGCCCCUUCUGGGGGUUGGGGUCCGAGCGUUUGAAGAGGGAGACCUUUGAGAUCAUUGUCAUCCUGGAGGGCAUCGUGGAAGCAUCAGGUAUGACAUGCCAGGCGAGGACAUCCUACACCGAGGACGAGGUCCUCUGGGGCCACCGCUUUGAGUCCUGCAUGUCCUUGGAGAAAGGGGCUUUUCGUGUGGACUACAGUGCAUUUGACAAAACCUUUGAAGUCCAAAUGUCUCAACUCAGCGCAAGAGACAGCAAAGAAACAAGAUGUGUUUUAGAAAAUGUUGCCUAAAAUAAUAGUUACUUGCUUCUGUACAUUAAAGUGGCAAUCUUGCAGAUUUUCAUUUAGAUGAAUGUCUAUUAAGUCAAGUAAAUGUUUGAGCCUAUGGCUUACUGUUGAAAGUAUUGCAAUAUUUAUAUAUCUGCUGUAUAACAAAUUUAGUGUCUAUGGCAUUGUAUACAAACAAAAAAUGUAACUAUGCAAACAAUUCUGAAAACUUGUAGCUCAUGUAUCAACAAAAAGACUCCAGACUGUUACACUCUGCGAACAAUUUCAUUAUUUUUAUGCAGAUAGAAAUUCCAAAUCACAAGGCAUUAAAUCUUUAGGAUUGCCCAUUUACAGCAUAUAACGAGUGACUUCAAGGGAUAUUCCCUGAUAAAUGAUAACAAUCAUACUUCAUGAGUAUUAAUCUCAGAGCAGCCAUAAUUUAUGUUGCGCUGUUGUGUGUAUAAUAAGGUUUGCACUGUGUUUUUAUUGUUAAAUUAUAAAAUAUGUUAUGUUGUGUUCAAUAGAAAAUAAACAUCCUGUUGAAACCAAUUGUGUGUGAUGAUCUCUGGGCAAAU